AUGUAUAAUCUGGAAUGGUCCAAGUUUGUGGACCUAAUAAAAGGGACGUAUUCUCCACCACACGAAGUGGAAAAGGUAGAGUCAGAUUUUCUGACCCUCACCAUGAAGAACUUAGAUUGUCGGAAGUACAUGUCCGACUUCAACUCACUGUCCAGGCUAGUUCCUUAUCUGAUUACUCCAGAGUCAAAAUGCAUUGCGCGUUUCAUAGGUGGGUUAGCACCUGAAAUCAAAGGUAUGGUGAAGGCAUCGAAGCCUACUACCUAUAGGUCUGCUGUGGACCUAUCCCUUUCCCUCACUUUGGAUGCAGUGAGGCAGAAGUCGGUCAAUACUGAGACCAACAGAAAGAGACAGAGGAAGGAUGACCGCUCCAAAAAGUCUAAGAAAGGGAAGUUCGGGUUUGGAAAUAACCAGCAAAGGUCUGAUGAGAGGCCUGUGUGCAAGACCUGCAACAAACGACAUUGGGGACAAUGUCGUUCAGACCAGGAGGCGAAGUCUUGUGGUAUAUGCAAGAAGUUGGGGCAUAGGUCCUUGGAUUGUAAGGACUUAAAGAAUGUCGUGUGUUACGUUUGUGGCGACAAAGGACAUAUUAAGACCAACUGCCCCAAAUUUUCCCAAGAGGGUACUGUAAAGCCCGAGGAGGCGAAGAAAGGAAACGCCUGA